AUGGCGCCUACCUUCCGCAAAACCCUCCCUCUCGACUUCUCAGAUAUCUUACAUGCACACAUCCACAACGUCAACGAUCGCGGAGAGGUAGGUUUUAUCCGCCUCUACAACGACACGAACGGCCGCAUUACGCAUGCUGAGGCCGACUUGACGGACAUGCACUACACCAAGAUGCUCAUCAACGACGCGCGUAUACUCGAGAUCUUCGGAGAGAAUGGGGACAGCAUCAACAUGGCAAAGUUAGGACCGUCCCCAGCGCUUCGGCUCGAUAUACUUGAAGACGAGGACAUGUCCUUCAGCGAAGUCGUAACCGGAGUGCUGGUGCAGCCUGGCUAUGUUCCGUCAGAGGCUAGGCUUUCGGUGUCGAAUCAGCAGCACGUGCCGGUGAUUCCUCCUCCCCAGACCGGCCGCAAAAUCGCCCCGAUUCCCUUCCCUUUCCCCGACAUCCACAUCAACAACCUCGGUGGUGGGAACGUAGGCCCUGUCAAGAUCCACCGCGACUCAGACGGACGCAUAACGCAUGCCCAAGCCGAGUUGUUCCACGCUCCAUGGAAGGUCAUGCUCAUCACAUCCCCACGCAUUCUCCUGAUCUUCGGGCAGCGCGGAGAUACCAUCAACUUGGACUUGCUCCACCCGUGGCCGAUAUUCCAUCUUGUAGAUUUGGCUCCGGAGGAGCAUGUUGUGGGGGUUCUGAAGGAUGUGACGAACGAUCCAGCAAAGGGUUACUUGGGCCGCAAGGCGAAGCAGCAGCAGAUGCAGAUGAAGUCUGGUCAGGGUCAGUUGGGUGAGCAACAUCAGGAGCAGCGCCUUGCGUCAGGACACUUGCAGCGAGGGAAUGAACCGGCUGGGGUACUUGCGACGGGGUUCCAAGUGUCGACUGGACGAAGGGUUCCGAAUCAAUCUCCUAAGACCCGUCCCGCACCAUCACGUACCCGUACACCGUUGACUGCAGCGCCUGCAGCUCCAUCUAAUGCUCCUGAUCCACCUACAACGUUAUUAACCCCGGCACCGGUCAUCCCAAAGGCACCGGUAGCACCUCGUCAGGCUCGCGGGGUGGACGCCAGGACCGCACGCUCAAAGGUCGUUGAGCUCAAGGUCCCCGCAGGAUCACUUUCCCAGUUCACUCCCAGCCAAGCUAUCACGACAGCUUCUGCCCCGACCCGAGCACCGGCUCCAGCUCCAGCACAGGCCAGUACGGCGCCCGUUAACGAUCCGCAAAUGGCAGCCAUCAAGUCCCAGAUCAACGCGAUUCUCUCCCCCGCCGACCAGCAGAAGUACGCGCACACCGUCGACAAGCUGAGCUACGCUUGCCUUAAAGGCGGCAAGAAGACUCGCGACAGGGUCGACAAGAAUCUCCAAGAUAUCAUCGAUAGCGGCGGAGACAAUCGUCGACAGCUUGCGCAGUUGCACAAUCAGUACGCGGGCUUGCAUAAUCCGGGAAAGCGCACGCCUCAUCAGCUGCCUGUGUUCGAUCUCGGUGAUUGCAAGUUGAUCCCUAGGACGGCUUAG